GUUUGGGAACCACUGCCUUAAAGGUUAGGCAUAAAAUGAUUUCUCAUUUUGCUGUGAUAUACCCCCUGGUAGACAUUAAUGCUUUGGUUAUGGACUUGAGUGUAAAAGCUCCCGAGGUAACAUGCUGCUUGUCUGCCAUAAAUAUUUCUGGCUAUGUAUAUGUAUAUUGUUAUUUGAAUGAGGCUGCUUUUAUGGAGACGAGUAUAUUUUUGUGCAAAUAGUUGAAGUUGAUGUGAUGCUGUGUGUCAUUUCUAUAGCCAGGUAGUCACUCUGUCUACACAAAGCCAACUCCCUUGGUACCUCACAUCACAGCUGGGACUCUGUUCAGCUCCGAUCGUCCUGACCCAUUUCAGUGCACAGAUACGCACACACACACGCUCGACCACACACACAUAUAUACACCAACUGACAGUUGCAAACAGACCCAUGCAUUCAUACAAAGCAAAGCAGCCACACGCAAAACACUUACAUAUGUGCCAAGCUUCAUUUAUGCUCUACUGAGUCUGUUCGUGUCACAACUUUGCAGAUGUUUUAGCCAUGGGGACAUGAACACUAAAUUUGCAGAAAUUCUCUUCCCGGUUGUUUGGUUGGAACAGCGGGUUUUGAAAUGAUAAUGAAUCUGUGGGCCAGGAUUUCCCACAUGGCAUCAUGUCUAGAGUGGAAACAGAAGAAAUAGAAUAAGGCAGCACUGGAAAGCAACAGCAAAAGAUUUUUUUUAUUACCAAAUGUAAAAGUCAAAUUCUGGCUGAACUAGGUAGAUAAAGCAGUCGGCGUUUCUAAGAAUGAUGAAAUGUUAAAAAAGUGUGAAUCUGAGGUUAAUGUUACUGCUGCAGAGUGCAGAUGGCUCCCCAUACAGUUAAUUUAGAGUUCAAAGUCUUGCUCUGUCAGUCAAUAGCUGACUGACAGAACCAAAACACAGAUAUGAGUUGUACUGCAUUCCAACACGCGUGAUUUCAGAUGUUGAUUGCAGGUGUAAUAAACACCUAUAAUAACUCCAUUACGCACACGGAGGUUAACGGAGUUAAAAGACAAACCAAGCACAAGACAAAGACAAGUGGGAGAGGCAGUGUAUAGGUCAGAUUCCAAAACAAUAUAAAUACGCAGGUAACACUGACCAUCCAAACUCAGUGUGUGAUCAUGACUGUGGAAAUAGACAUAUCGAAGAACAUGAGCCCUGAGCCUGAGCUCAUGUGUAUCUUUGGGACUGGGGACUUAGGACGCUCUCUGGGCCUGCGUCUGCUCCAGUGCGGCUACAGGGUGCUGUAUGGCAGCCGCACACCUCACAGCUGUGGCCCCUUGCCUCAGGGAGCUCAGGUGAUGACCCAUGAAGAAUCAGCCCGGUCUGCCAAGCUGAUCUUCAUUUGUGUUCACAGAGAACACUAUGAAUUUCUGGAGAAGAUGGCACCUCAGCUUGAAAGAAAGGUGCUGGUGGACCUCAGUAACAACUUGAAGAAAGACAUGUACAUGGAAGCAAAUGCCGUCUACUUGCAGAGGCUGGUCCCUAAAGCGGCCGUAGUGAAAGGCCUUAACACCCUGUCUGCCUGGGCCCUGCAGAAUGGACUUCUGGCAGGAAGACAGGUGUACCUGUGUGGGAACAAUGAAGAAGCAAAACGGGACGUGGCAGAGAUGGCCACCAAACUAGGCCUCACUGUUGUGGACAAAGGGUCCCUGUCAGCUGCUAAAGAGGUGGAGGACUUCCCUCUGCAGCUGUUCCCAGAGUGGAGGAUGCCUUUGUACGUGGCUGUCGGUCUCUCUGCCUUCUUUUUCUUGUAUUUGCUUAUUAGAGAUAUCAUCUAUGCAUAUGUGGAAAAUGAUGAAGAUAUCUCCUACCGCAUAAUGAUAUCCCUGGCCAACAAGGUGUCUCCAAUCAUGUCCCUCAUUAUGCUGGCGCUCUGCUACCUCCCCGGAGCUAUAGCUGGGUUCCUUCAGCUCUACAGAGGGACCAAGUACAGGCGUUUCCCCAACUGGCUAGAUCGCUGGAUGCUGUGCAGGAAACAGAUGGGUCUUCUUGCACUAGGCUUUGCGUUUCUCCAUGUUAUCUACACAUUACUCAUUCCUGUCCGCUACCCUAACAGACACAAAGUCAUCUCCAGUGUGGUGAAUGAGAUGAAGAACAAUAACACCACUCCAUUUUACUUUGACAAUACCAAGGCAUGGGGCGCAGACUCAUUAUUUGCACUGGGAAUCCUGGGCUUCUUUCUUUUUGUCCUGCUGGGGCUAACAUCCUUGCCCUCGGUGGGAGGCACUCUCAGCUGGAGAGAGUUCAGCUUCGUUCAGUCGACGCUGGGCCAUCUGACUCUGUUUCUCUGCACUGCACAUUGCUACAUUUAUGCCUGGAAUAAAUUCCUUCGCACCUCUACGUAUAAAUGGUACACUCCUCCGGGCUCCAUGCUCUGUCUAAUUGUUCCUUCGGUGACACUGGUGCUCAAGCUGAUCCUCGUCCUCCCCUGUGUGAACCGUCCGCUCAUGCGCAUUCGCCAAGGCUGGGAACGCAACCGGCCAAAGGAUGAGAUGGGUGAACUCAAGGCCACUAACAUGUGAUCCAGGGUUGCUGAAUGUUUCAAUGACAUGUUAUAUUAACAAUUUUCAUUUGUAGGCAAUCAUAAAGUAGGAAAAAUGAAAUAGCAUAACAAUCGUUUCGAUUUUGCACAAAGUAUAUUUUAGGAGACUAACUAUUAGUUAUGUAAAGAAGAAGAAAGACCAGUGGUUCCAGUGGUGAGUUAGUGUGUGAUCCUGCCUGUUCCUGACUUUGCAAUACUCAGAGAAAAGUUAGGUUUAUGCUGGCCAAAUUGACACGCUUCUGUUGAUAUAAAUAUUUUUAAUGUGUAUUUUCUUUGAGCAUUGAAACCCCCCACACAUUUCAGAUGUUUGUGUUGUAUCGUUUUCACCAAAUGUGCUGAAAAAUAGAUUGCUAUCCCCUGUUGAAAUCCACUGUUUUGAUAAACAUAUGCAAUAGUUUCUGUAUUCCUCUCUCCUUUCCCUUCAAGUGGAGCAAUUGUAUCCCUGAGGUUGCUCUCUUUUCAGGAUGUUAUUGAUCUCCCUGCUUUCUGACAAAUAUCUCACUACCCGUACCUGCCUCCGUCUCAAGAGCACGCCAGAGUGCACACUAAGACACACAUGUUUAUGAUGCACAUACACGGCAUAAAGGUGAGUAAGUUAAUUGGAUUUCUGCAUGCAGAUUAUAUGAAAAAAAAAAAAAAACACGAAGCACUUAACUUGGGGGUGGAACAACAGAUUUUGUAGUCAAAAGCAGAUUCACAAACAGCCUUUACCACCAUAGAUCUAGUGCAGUGUUAUAGUCACCAGCAAAUUUACCAGGCUGAAGCAGGUAGGUAGUAAUAAAACAUGCAGGCUGCCCUCAAUAUACCCGCUACUACCGAGGAAUUGCUGAGAAGGCAGAUCCAGUUAGAUUUGAACAGAUGAUGAGCAGAAAUGGGAAACUCAAUAGUGAUGGCUGGUGAACAGGUGCAGGAUGGUUAGAAGAGGUUGGUAUGCACAUCCUUAAUGAUACAGGGACAGAAAAAGGAAAGAAGAAGAUGGAGUAGCUGUCGCCAUGACAGAUUCUGGUGCUAUAUAAAGAAAAUGCAGUGCCUCUCGCCUAAAGCAGAACAUUUAGGCAGAGACAUCCUGUUAUCUAGCAUCUAACAGCAUUAUCUGCAUACACAAUCUGUAAUCCCUUACAUCCUCUCCUAUUGUAUUAGCCUCCUGUUACCAGUGAACCGAUUUUACCAAACUGCCUGCUGUUCCUGUGCAUUGGUGUGUGCGUGUGUUGGUGUGUGAGUUAUUCCAUUAUUGCCUCUGGAAAGAAUUAAGAUGUAGCAACAUGCAGAGCAGAAUAGCUGUGAAACAAGCUAACUUACAUAAUUCAUUUCCUCUCAUCUUUAAUUUUACACACCUAGACAGCCCUGAAACCUAUAAUAACUUUAUUUGUGUCUAGCCUUGAAGGCUUAAACCUGUGUGAGUGUAAAUAAGCUGCAGAAAUUGUGGGUUAAUACAGAGAUCACUGACAUUCAAGCUCCACCUGUGAAAUGUACAACUGGAUAUUAAAUGAAAGGUGUAUAACAAAAUAGCAUGGGAACUUCAGAAAUGUAAAUUAUGUAUCCCAGAAUUGUGACAGAG